UGCCAAAGAAAAACCAACAAAUGAUAUAAGAGUUUGUAUUUUUUCUAACUUACAGUGCUUUUAAUAUUAAAAAUAUAAACAAAGAAUGGAAAAAAGUGCGCUAGUGUCUUGAACACACAACAAUUUUAUGCACUUUUGUAUGCGCUACAUACAUACAUACGUAGAUGUAACAUUAUAGUUGCAUUUGAUAAUCUCUUAUUUGUGUGGCAAUAUAAAAAAUAUACAAACAUACUUUCAUGGCAAUCGCAAAUGAUAUAAGACAAAAAAUCGACAACAACAACACCAACGACAGCCAAACCACUUACUAUUGGAUACGCGAAUACGCGCCGCUUCAAAGUAGAAAAGCAUAAAACGCACAACCAACGGACGGAUAAUUGUGGCUGCGUCAAAGCUUGAAGCUCAAUUCUUGCACCCUCGUUGGCACCAGCAAAUACAAAGAUGUUUGGUUAUACCAGCAAAUGGGGCACUUGGUUCACAUUAGUGCUGGUGCAGUUGGUGAUUAUGCUCGGUUUGGCUUGUCGCGUCUCUGAGUUUCCCUGCAAAGGCAAUAACAACAUUUGCAUACCGUUGGACAAAUACUGCGAUGGACGUGUGGACUGUGAGGAUCACAGCGAUGAGCCGAAACAUUGUUCGGUUUGCAACCGAACUUAUUAUGGUGACGUUGGCCGCACCUAUACAUUAAAAGUACCAACACCACAAUGGAACCGACUGCCUUUUUUAUGUCACUUAACAUUCACCGCUUCUGGGCGUGAACAAGGCGAUAUUGUGCAAAUUAUUUUCGAUAGUUUCACAGUGGGCCGCUUUGACGAGGGUAUGGUCGACUCAGAUGUUGAAGGUUAUGAGAGUAAUGUGAAUCCUAUCGGAGAGCUGCCGGGCUGUCCUGAGGGCUUUAUGCAGUUAAGCGAAUUGGGUCGUCCAUUCACUGGCGGCUCAUGGUGUGGGAAGGCCACUGGUCCGCAAUUGUACUUUAGUGAAACAACGACGGUGACAGCGUCUGUAAAAGUGUUUCAUCCGCCCAAAAAUAUACACGAAGAGAAGCCAUUCGAAUUUAAAAUACGUUAUAAAUUUAUCAGUCAAACCGAUGCUGUGGUGAGAUACGGUUUGCCCGAUAAGCCUUUGGAAUUGGGACGUGUUACACCGGGAACUUAUUGCACGCGUCAAUUCGAUGAAUGUUAUCGAAAUAAAUGCCAUUUGCAGAGUCCAAAUUAUCCUGGCAUGUAUCCGAGGAAUGUCACCUGCUAUUGGACUAUAAGACAAAAGGAGGUGCCGACAAGCAAACAUGCCAUGAUUGCGGUUAGUCAAGAGAAUCAACACAAAGCACUGGUGAAAAGAUCUAUUGCCAGCUUCAAUAAGACAUCGCGUUCCAUUCGUGCGUGGUCAGAUUGUACCGGCGAACGUGAUCAUUUAAUUUUCUAUGACGGCAGCUCAACAAAUGAUCCGGUGUUGGCCAAAUAUUGUGGAGGAGAUUGGUUGCCACGCGUUGUAUCGCGCGGACCAGAAAUGUUGGUUGCAUUCCAUUCCAGCCCCUUCUCAGCACCACUGCAACAGGGUGUUCCCAAUCGUGGUUUUGAACUUGAUGUUGAUAUCAUCUUUACAGAUUCUGAUUCAUAUGAUUUUGCGCAAGGCACCAAGAAUACCUGUGAAUUUCAUAUAAAUGCAACAAAUCCAGAUGACGUAUUGUUUUCACGGCGCGGCCGCAUGGGUCGCAUUGUGAGCCCGCGACACACAUUACCACCGAACACCACUUGCACAUACCACUUUCAUGGCUAUCCUGGUGAUUUAAUUUGGUUGUCCUUCACAAGUUAUAAUCUCCAGAUAUUACAACAGACUAUUCAAGACAACAACACACUGGGCAGGGCCGACUUGCCACCAUGGAUAACACGUUUGCGAAUGUGGGAUAGUUACGGCACGUAUGUUUCUUCAAAAACUACAACAACAACAGGUCAACCACCAUCACCACCACCAGUCGUAUCAUCUGCUGCCGGCGGCAAACCAACAACGCUCAACCAAAGUUCUUACGGCAAUUACUAUUAUAGCGCACAUAACCCAAAAUUGGGUAAGAAUAUACGCGUUAAUAUAGACAAUGCAUGGAAUCCAGUCGACACAUACAUUUAUGGGCCCACACAGUCGAGUAUAUUCAACAGUGAAAAUAAAUACAGCGGUUAUCAGCAAGCUGGCGCUGUUGCGGGUGGCAAGCAGAGCGGCAGCGUCGUCAAUGGCGGCAUAAGCGGCAUUAAGGAGAGUCUAAAUUAUAUUUCCGGUAAGAGUAGCAAAGAUUCAACGUCAGCUGAGAAGACGUCUGUGUCGUUGAUGAGCUCGAAGGGCAAGCGUAGACUGAUGUUGGAAAUUUACGAUUAUGAAACACCAAAGUUGUGCGAUCACACUGCCAUUAGUAAUAAUGCUUUGGGUUUCAACAAGCUGAGACCUUGUAGUCCACUGGAGAGCUAUGUUAGUUCGGGCAGGGAUUUGAAACUGGAGUUUCACACUCACACUGGCACUGCGUUGUUCCCUGCGCAGUUCUCACUCAAUUACGAAUUCGUCGACACGGAACAAGGCGGUGAGCCAUGGCCCGGUCGUCGUGGCGAGGAUCCUGUACCACCACUCUGUUCGCGUGUAUUUCGCAAACGUAAAGGCAACAUACAAGUGCCACGUAAUGUGUUUCUUUAUGGACGUGGUGGCGCCAAAAAUAUCACCUGUCUUUAUCGCUUUGAAGCCGGUUCAUCGGAACGCGUGCGCUUGGUUUUGCACAAUGUCACCUUUGGUGAGGGCACUACAUGCACGACAGAUUCAGAUUUACACACCGGGCGACCGCGUUGUAAUCAACUCGACCCAGAAGGACGCGUAACCGAGCUACGUCUAUUCGAUGUGCCAUUUCGUGAUGUCAAAAUACAAUUGGGUUGUUUCUGUGACAAUUCUAGUACUUUAUAUAGUAAUGCACCGUUAACAUUUAUAUCUAAUUCACGUGUUAUGGAGUUAACAUUUACCGUUAAUCGUUUAAAUAUAUCAGAAGAUUUUGCUGAUGUCUACUUUUUCGCCUCCUAUGAGUUCAAACGGGUUAGUGAAUGUCGCAAGCGACUUAAACUGAAGGGCUCUGGUGGUGAAGAUGAAAUUAAGUAUCCUAUGAAAUCACAAGAUUCUAGUUGUGAGGGACUAUCGUGGUGUAUAGAAGCACAAACGCUGGAACAUUCACUCUUCGUACAGACUUGGGGCUCUUACUUGCCCGUCGAUCCGACGUCAGAGGAUGCUAUGCGUUGUCAUACCAAAAACCGCCUAAUCAUAUACGCGGGAAGACCCUUAAAGCCGAUGCGUGUCAUAUGUCCGGCGCAGAGUGGACCCAGACCGACUUCGUUGCAUAUAUUCUCGGAGGAUUGGACAAAUGGACAGCCGUUGUUUACGAAUAAGCCUGUCAGCUUAGUACUCGAGCCCAUACUCAAAGAGCCGGGCGAUAUCGCAUUCACAUGGUUGGAGAUAUAUCGCACACGAAAUUCCUUAAUCCAACAGUUAGACCUUCAGGCUAAUGCCAGUGUUAUGAGUGGUGGCGCGCCUUCUGGUAACGACACGCUAACCGAUAUCGGCUUCUAUCCGAAGGAGUCCGAUUGUGAAUAUAAAUGCCCUGAACUGGAUGCGUGCAUUGCGGGGAAUUUGUGGUGUGAUGGCCACAAUAAUUGCCCUUCCGGAUUUGAUGAAUCAGAGCAGGAGUGCGGCUCUGCGCGUAAACUACUCGAAUUGCCUGGCGGCGUUUUCGCAGCGUUGGGCUGUAUAGCUGCCGCCAUCACAGCCUGUUUGAUAUUUUGUAUUUUUGGUUUGCUGAGAAAACGUAAAAAAACGGUCGGCCAAAAGAUGACCAUAAAUGGUACACUCAAAAAGGACUUCAACAAGGAGUCACUCUUCAUCGAUCCAGCUUCUUGACACGGGCUACAACCGGUCGAAUAUAUACAUGUUGAUCGGGAAACGACUGUGUGAUAUGUUGCCGAUGAUGAAUUUUAGUGCUGCUAUUGCUGUCGCUUUAACAUAACGCCAACGUUGUGCACGGAGAGGGGAGUGGGGGCAUACGUUGAGGAUGAUUGUACUAUAUCGAUCCAGCAUGCAUGACCCAAGUGUAUUGUGUAUUGUGUGCCCUAAUUAAAUGAUAUACUUACAUACAUAUAUAAAUAUAAGGAAUUUUUCUAAGCGCUUGUUUUCAAAAACAAAAAGAAAAACAAAAAGAAAAGAAAAAACAUAAACAGAAUACGUGGUAAAUGAAAUGAAAAGAUGCAGCUCGAAAUGAGCAAUGCAGAUAAGCAAAAUUAAGAUAAGAAAACGAUACAAUCACUGCCUUUUGAUCAUACUUCGUCUAAUCGUUUUCCUUUUAACAUACAAAGAAAACCCAAAAAUAUAUUUGUAUAUAUAUUUUACUAACUGAAAUCUAAUUUUUAUUAACAAUUAAUAACUGCACUGUGAAGGGGGCUCGCAAAACGAGUGUAUUUGCGAAAUGUUGGAAAUGAACCAUUUUUAGAUCGAUAUAUAAAUAUUUAAAACUUUUAUAAAAUACAUGUACAAAUGUAUAUUUACUUUAAAAUUUUUUAAACAAUUUCGAAUAUUGCAGCAGGCUGUAGCGACAUUUUUAGAUUUGGAAUGUCUUGGAAUCCAUUCUGAAAAAUGUUGCCUACCUCUAGGCGUGUUGGUACAGUUCACAAUAUUUAAUAUAAAAUUUAAGAAAUUAU